AUGUAUGAUAUUUGUUCUAAAUGUGGGCAGGCAUCAUUGCAAGCCGAUAUGACGGGGAAUUCUGGGGCCCUUACAUGUAUCAAGUGUGGUUUUGUGGCACAUGAAAGCCCUAUGGUUAGUGAAUUGAUAUAUUCUGAAUCAAGUUCAGGUGCCACAUCAGUUCAAGGGACAAUGGUGGGAGCCGGUCAAGCUAGAGCUAAUGUUGGAGGAAGACAGAAUGCUAUGGAUUCAAGAGAACAAACUUUAGCUACAGGAAAGAGAAACAUUAGAGAUUUAGCUACAGCUUUAAGAAUUCCCGAUUAUAUUUUUGAAUCAGCUUGUGGAUGGUUUAAAUUAGCUUUAAGUCAUAAUUUCGUUCAAGGAAGAAGAUCACAAAAUGUUACAGCUGCUUGUUUGUAUAUUGCCUGUAGAAAAGAGAAAACCCAUCAUAUGUUGAUUGAUUUCAGUUCAAAAUUACAAAUAUCGGUUUUCUCGUUAGGGGCUACAUUUCUCAAAAUGGUUAAAACUUUACAUAUAGUUAAGUUACCGUUGGCUGACCCUUCAUUGUUUAUAUCUCAUUUUGUGGACAAAUUAGGAUUUGAAGAUCCAGGGAAGAUAAAUGUUAUCAGAGAUGCAACUCAAUUGGCUAAAAGAAUGAGCGCUGAUUGGAUUCAUGAAGGUAGAAGACCUGCCGGGGUUGCGGGAGCUUGUGUAUUAUUAGCAUCAAGAAUGAAUGGUUAUAGAAGAACCAAUAACGAAAUAGUGGCAGUUGCCCACGUUGCUGAAGAUACUUUGGCUCGAAGAUUAAGGGAAUUCAGAGAAACUGAUUCCGGAAGUUUAUCGAUUGCAGAAUUCAGAAAGGGACAUUCUAGAGAAUCGGGUUCCAAUCCUCCUUCAUUCAAUAGAGGGGUAGAUUUGGAGACCAAGUUGAGGAAGAAAGUGUUAGAGAGAAAAAAAGACAUUAAGAGAAUCAUCGAACUCAAUAAACAAUUAGAAGAGGAAAAGGAAGAACAAAGAGCUGCUGAAACAGCUGCUGAAAGAGCCGAUGUUGAUACAGAAAUCAGUGAAAGAGAAGCUUCUGAAUCAGAAACAGACAAAGAAGCAUCGAAUUCUAGAAAAACGAAAGGUUCUAGGAGAUUAGACAGUUUGAGAAGAGUACUGAAGAAACCUUCCUCGAGUUCUACUUCAUCAACCGAAAUUGAAGGACGAAAGACAAAAUCUAAAAUAAUAAAGAAAGACAGUAAUAGUUUAUUCAAAGCGUUAUUGAAGGACUGUGAUUUCAGUAAUGAUGAGUUGGAAGAACACGUUCGUAGAAUCGAACUCCAAAAUAAGUACAAUAUCAAUAAUAAAGUGUACGAAGCACCAUCACAAUCUCAAGAUUUUUCUGUCAGAUUUGAUGAAAAUAAACCCAUUAACUUGGUUGCACGUUUACCAAAAACUGCAGAAGUUUUACAAAAAGUUAGUUCUGACGCCGAUUUAGAUGACAUUGAUAUAGAUAUUGAUGAUGGAGAAUAUUUCAAUGAUGCAUCAAUGGUUAAAAAGAAAGAACUUAUCUGGGUUAAAGAGAAUUUCGAUUAUUUGCUUGAUCAAGAAAGAAAGAGAUUAAAGGCUGAAUCAGAUGAAUUGGCUGGUAAUACAUCAGCCAGAAAACCCAAAAGACAAAGAAAGAAACUGGGACUUGAUGUGGUCACGGAAGGAGGAAUCAAUGAAGAUGGACAAAUUGAAUCUGAAGAAAGUGCUAAGAAGAUUUCCAGAAAACUUAAUUAUCUUAAUUUGGACAGUAUUGAUUAUAGUUAG